AGCCUGAAGCGAAGAGGAAGUACUUUUUAAAAUGGGAAUACGGUGAAUCGUGCUCCAAGUUAGCGCCGCUGAACGAAGGCACACGCCUGCCAUGCCCGCCCAACCCCCUGUGAGGGAGCCGGAGGAGGAGAUGGAGGCCGAAGGAGAGUCGCAGCUCCCUGAAGCCAACGGAGAGGUGGAGGAACCGAGGGAGAACGAAGGCAGAGGAGGCGAGGAGACCAUGGAGGAGAGCAUGGAGGAGAGGGAGAGCGACCUGGAGGAGAGCGAGGACGAAGAAGAGGAGGAGGAGGAAGAGGAGAGCUCAGAGAUGGACGAUGAAGACUGCGAGCGGAGGAGAGGAGAAUGUCUGGACGAGAUGCUGGAUCUGGAGAAGCAGUUCCAGGAGCUGAAAGAGAAGUUGUUUCGGGAGCGACUGAACCAGGUGAAGGUGAAGCUGGACGAGGUGCUGACGGGGAAAGCUGGAGAAUACAGAGAACCACUGGCUGCACUGCAGAGCAGCAUGCAGAUACGAACACAAGUCGCUGGAGUGUACAGAGAGCUGUGUCUGCAGGUCAUCAAACACAAGCACGAGUGUGAAGUACAAGGAGCCAGGCAGCACCUGGAGAGUGAGCGGACGCUGCUGUUUGAUGCCAUGAAGUCGGAGCUGCUGGAGAAGAUCAGGAGACUGGAGGAGGACCGACAGAAUAUAGACCUCACCUCCGAGUGGAGCGAUGAGAUGAGGGGCAAGAAGUGUAAAAGAAAGAACCUGCUGGGUCGCUCGGAGAGAAGAAAGAAAGUCGCUCUAGUUUCAGGGCCUUUCAUCGUCUACAUGCUGAGAGACAUCGACAUCCUUGAAGACUGGACCGCCAUCAAGAAGGCGAAAGCAGCGCUGUCACCACUAAAAAAGAAAGUUGAAAAGCGAUGAUGGCAGGAGGAAUCCAGCAGCGAAGACACCAAACUAAACCCACACACUCACAUUCCCAGCUCCUUCCACUAACAGUUUGAUCUCCUCCACUCAAACCCAGCAGACUGUCGACUCGUUUUUUUUCUGCGCCUUUGACCCCCAGCUGCCAACCACCCUACUGCUUGUUUGUUAUCUAUUGCUAUUUAAAAAUGCGUUCUUAAUGAUAUGACAACCAUGUAUUUAUAGAAUGAUUUAUAAUGCUGAAUAAAGUUUAAAUCUUUUACGACACAA